AGAGUGACGCUCACCCUCUCUCUCUCUCUCUUUUCUGUCAUCGGCGGCGGACGGCGGCGAGGAGACGGAGACAAGAGGUGGUCUCGAUCUCAGUGGAUGGAAUUUACCCGCAGUUAAGCGCAUGGUUAUGUUCGAGACAGCCUUGGAUGUGACUCCUCUUUGCUUGUUUUGAAAUAAGCGAAGUUCUGAAUUUUUGUGAAGAAUAACAUCUAUUUUGAGCUUGAGUAUGGGUUGAAUGAACAAUCUUGAGCUCGUGAUGACCACUGGUUGGCUACCUGAAGUGAAUUGAAGCAGACCCCUCUUGAAAGCUGUGAUUUUUGUUAAAAAGGGUCAUGGCGGGAAGAGGAGAAAAGGGGGACCUUGAGCCUGAGGUGGCUGCCCCUGCCACAGAAGAUGAGCAAGCUGACAGCUUGAAUCAUGCGGGAGAAGAUGGUGGUGGUGGGGAAGAACAAGAAGAAGAUGAGGGGAAGCAGGAGGGUGACGAAGAUGAGGAAGAGGAGGAAGAAGAAGAAGAAGGGUAUGCUUUUAGAUUCGAGAGUGGAAUGAAUCCGCUGGACUUCACACACGAAGAUGCCACUGGUCUCCAACCUUACGAGCGGUUCGAGCGGCUCGAAUAUGAAGCUCUAGCUGAGAAAAAGAGAAAAGCGCUUGCCGAUCCCCAUAACACUGGUGAAGGGUCUUCAAAGAAGGCGAGGCUGGAUGAUCUUUCAGGUGCAACAAUGGAGGAGAUCAUGGAAGCAUUGAAUUAUGGUGGCAUUCGUAGAAAAUCUCGAAAGUCAAAGAAAAGAGGUAGGAGGAAGGGAUCAAGAAAAAAGAUCGAUCCUGAAGUCUCAAGAAUGCUCGGUGAUGCAACCCUUCACUAUGCACACGGUCGUUAUGAAGAGGCCAUAUCUGUGUUAAAUGAGGUUGUUCGUCUGGCUCCAAACGUGCCCGAUUCAUACCACACGCUCGGACUUAUUUAUACCGCUCUCGGGAACGAUAAAAAGGCAAUGGAUUUUUACAUGAUUGCUGCAAGCCUUAGGCCAAAAGACUCUUCUCUGUGGGAGCUGCUAUACACAUGGUCCAUAAAACAAGAAAACAGUGGCCAGGCUAAGCACUGCCUCUCAAAAGCUAUUACAGCAGAACCAGAAAAUAUUGCUCUGCGUGUUCAACUUGCAUCCAUUUAUUUAGAGGUUGGAGACUAUCAAAGAGCUGCAGAGACUUAUGAGCAGAUACAGAAAAUUUCCCCGAGAAAUGUUGAAGCUCUCAUGACUGCUGCAAAGUUAUACCUUAGAUGCGGAAAGCUUGAACGGGCCAUUGGCAUUUUGGCUGACUACAUUGAGAAUCAAUCACCAGAGGCCGAUGUAAAUGUUAUCGACCUGCUUGCCACAGUUUACAUGGAGAAUAAUGCUGAGGAUAAGGCUCUUAAGCUCAUUGAGCAACAGAACAACCCGGGGAAAGAGCUGGACCCGAAAUUGAUCGUUAAAGCAGGAAUUUGCCAUCUUCAUCUAGGAAAUGUAGAAAAGUCAGAGUCUCUAUUCAAUGCCCUGCAAGUGGAGAAUGAGCACGAUCAGACAGACCUGAUUACCAAGAUAGCAGAUUCAUAUAUGAGUCUAGAGGAUUUCCACUCAGCAUUGAAGUACUAUCAGUUGCUGGAGGGAAAGUGUGAGGGCAAUGGCUUUUUACACCUUAAGGUUGCUCAAUGUUAUCUAAGCUUGAAUAAGAGGGCACAAGCAAUUUCAUCUUUCUACAAGGGUUUACAUAUACUGGAGGACAAUAUUGGUGCUCGAAUAGCUUUGGCUUCUCUACUCGUAGAAGAAAAAAGAGAAGAUGAAGCCAUUUCUUUGCUAUCUCCUCCAAAUAAUAUAGUUUCAGGAGAUGAGGAUCCUAAUAAACCUAAGCCGUGGUGGGAACAUGAAAAAGUAAAGUUGAAGCUUUGCGAUAUUUAUAGAGCUAAGGGGAUGAUUGAGGCCUUUGUGGAUAUUAUUUUUCCACCAGUUCAAGAGUCACUUUCUAUGGAGGUGCUUCAAUACAAGGUCAGACCAAAGAAAAGACUUCCCAAAAGGGUACUCUUUGAGCGAGUCAGACUACUAGAUGAUCAGAGCGCUGAUAAUGUAUUUUCCGGGUUCCGACCAGUUGCACGAUCAUCAGAUCUGUUGAAGGCAAGCAGAGCCAAAAGGCUGCUUCAGAAGAGGGAAACCCAGAAGGGAGAACUAAAAGCUUCAGCUUCAGAGUCAGGAGUUGAUUUGGAUAGUGAUAAUUCAGAGGAUGAACUGUCGGAAACUCUCCUGCAAGACAGAGCUAAGGAAUCUCCGUUUCGUGUUAUUUGGAAAGAUGAGGAGCAUCAGUGCCUAAUAGUAAAUCUGUGCAAGGCAUUGGCGUAUUUGGGAAGGUAUUGGGAAGCCUUGGAGAUCAUUAAUUUCACUGUGAGAUUAGCGUACAAUAUACUUCCCUCCGAGAAAAAGGACGAGCUGCAGUCUGUUGGAGCACAAAUAGCGUACCACACAACUGACCCUAAACGUGGAUUUGAUUGGGUGAGACAAAUUGUUGAAAAGCAUCCCAACAGUCUCGUUGCCUGGAAUUGCUAUUACAAAGUGAUUUCGAGGUUGGAAGGGAACUAUUCAAAGCAUUCUCAUUUUCUACAUAACAUGCGCUCCAAAUACCCCGAUUCUGUGCCACCAAUUGUCAUCAGUGGACAUCAUUUUACUGCUAAAAGCCGUGCUCAAGAUGCUGCAAGGGAAUACUUGGAAGCGUAUAAAAUGCAGCCUGAUAAUGCCUUGGUCAACCUUUGCGUUGGAACUUCUUUGAUCAAUCUAGCCCUUGGUUUCAGGCUUAAGAACAAGCAGCAGUGUCUUACUCAAGGCAUGGCGUUCCUUUUCAACAAUAUGAAGCUUACCGAAAAUAGCCAGGAAGCAAUGUACAACAUAGCACGCGCCUUCCAUCAUGUGGGCCUCGUGUCCUUUGCAGUUCUGUACUACGACAAGGUGCUCAGGACCCGGGAGAAGGAUUACCCCAUCCCAAAGCUUCCAAAUGAGGAACCAGACCUCUUGGGGAGUUUGAAACCAGGUUACUGCAAUCUUCGAAGAGAAGCUGCUUACAACCUGCAUUUAAUCUACAAGAGAAGCGGGGCCCACGAUCUUGCAAGGCAGAUCCUGAAAGACCACUGCACUUUCUGAGGGAAAAUAACAUGGGAUUAUAUGGAUCAAGGGAUGGAUUUAGCUCCUCUGGCGCUGAAGGCUGUGUGUUAGUACGGUACUGUCCUAUGGUCCACAUCGCCUCUUCCGAACCCUCAGCUUGUCAGGGAUUGAUACUAGGAAUUGCUAUGCUUCUGAUCUCAACAAAACACGAUAUCUGGUGGGGUUCUACAGUUUUAGCCCUCUCCAUGCGGAAACACUCCGCGCCCAAAUGAAGUUACCGGGGUGUAGCUAUAAUCUCUCUGUAAAUUAGCAAUUUUGCAGGAUGUAUCCUUUAUUUUGGCAAUGGUAUCAAAAGUGCUAAUUAUGGAAAUCAGUUUCAGUUUUUCUUUA